CAACAAGGAAGCCAAUACGUACGCACUCCAUCAACCAAACACCCCACGAAGUCCGUUUCUCCAAAGCGCAUCUAAAAGAAUUGGAACUUGGAUUGACCGGAAGUGCAGUAUUUGAGCUUCCAAAAGUUCAUUUCGUCCUUUCAACAUGUCGAGAAGAUACGAUUCUAGAGUAAGCCUCCACAAGCUAUCCACCAUGGUUUCAAUCCACUGACAACAUGUAUAGACUACCAUCUUCUCUCCAGAAGGCCGUCUCUACCAAGUCGAGUAUGCCCUCGAGGCCAUCUCCCACGCCGGUACGGCCUUGGGUAUAUUAGCGAAGGAUGGAAUUGUAUUGGCCGCUGAACGAAAGGUUACCAGCAAGCUUCUAGAGCAAGAUACAUCAGCAGAGAAGCUUUAUAUCUUGAACGAGUAGGUCCUACAAACCACCCUUUUUACUGCCUGACUGACGCCGGUUCUAGCAAUAUGAUCUGCGCUGUUGCAGGUAUGACUGCUGACGCAAAUAUCCUCAUCAACUACGCUCGACAAGCUGCCCAAAAGUACCUUCUUACCUAUAACGAAGACAUCCCAUGCGAGCAGCUUGUCCGCCGGUUAUGCGAUCUGAAACAAGGUUAUACUCAACACGGUGGACUGCGACCUUUUGGUGUCUCAUUCAUCUAUGCCGGCUACGAUCCACAACGUCAAUUCCAACUCUACCAGAGCAACCCUAGUGGAAAUUAUGGUGGAUGGAAGGCGACGAGCGUGGGUGCAAAUAAUGCCAGUGCUCAGAGUCUGUUGAAGCAAGAUUACAAGGAAGAUUGUGACUUGAAAGAGGCAUGUGGGAUGGCUGUCAAGGUCCUAAGCAAGACGAUGGACUCUACCAAGCUGAGCAGCGAGAAGAGUAAGUUGACCUUUACAUGUUCAAUGCACUUUUACUGAUUCAAUAUAGUCGAGUUUGCUACAGUGGGAAAGACGAAGGAUGGAAGAAUUUACCACCACUUGUGGGGUGCCGACGAGAUCACCGCAUUAUUGAAGGAGCACAAUCUGGCGAGAGAUGAAAGUGGAUUGGAUGGAGAUCAGAAAAUCGUCUAGAUUCUAUUGUGGCCUACAAUUGCCAUGUAACAAUAAACGAUACCUUUUCCAGCAGGUGAGGCUGCUUGUUCUUGAAUUUCCCGCUCAUCUGCACAUCUCUUACUGUACAGUAGCCAAGUGGCUAUUAACUAUCGAAUUUUUUUGGUCCCGGGGUUAGGCUUGCAAAGCCGUGAGGGAGAGACUUCCCCGAGAAGUUCGGUCUAAGUACGCCAGGGUAGAUCGUGUAUUACUGGUCGUGGCUCUUAACAUUCCACCAGGCCCACAAUGCCCUUGGAUGACGAUGGUCCCUAAAAGUGGUUAGUAAUAAAUACAGUAUAAUUGAAAUCUCGCAUACACUUACAACUAUAGCUCUUCCUCAUCACCAGAGGCAGGGUUUGAAGGAACCAGUACGGGCUCUGAGGUGAGGUCAUCAUUUUGGUUCCCUCUAGCUACUGCUUCUUGAGUUGUGUUUUGUUGAGCUGGAUUUUCUUCCGUCACCCUUCCCUGUGUUUCGGUCUUCUGGAAGGUUUCUUGUCUCUCAGGCU